GAAGAAAGGCCCUCCGAGGGUCCGAGCCCCGCCACGCCGGCCACGGCACGCAACGGCGCCGCGCGGGAGGGACCAUCGUGCGCCCGGAGCCGCGCGCCCAGGGGCACCGGCAGGCGCUGCCCAGCACCAGCACAGUCUGUGCCGGAAGGCCCGUGUGUCAGCAAGCUGAGAGGGGAAAUUGAGGCAAGAUGUCGGGCCGUAGCGGGAAAAAGAAAAUGUCCAAGCUGUCCCGGUCAGCCAGAGCCGGGGUCAUCUUCCCGGUGGGCAGGCUGAUGCGCUACCUCAAGAAAGGGACAUUCAAGUACCGGAUCAGCGUGGGUGCCCCGGUGUACAUGGCGGCCGUCAUCGAGUACUUGGCAGCGGAAAUUCUGGAAUUGGCUGGGAAUGCGGCCAGGGACAACAAGAAGGCCCGGAUAGCGCCUCGGCACAUCCUGCUGGCAGUUGCCAAUGAUGAAGAGCUGAAUCAGCUGCUAAAGGGAGUGACCAUUGCUAGUGGAGGAGUCCUGCCUAGGAUUCACCCCGAGCUGCUGGCCAAGAAGCGAGGGAGCAAAGGCAAGUCGGAAACCAUCCUCUCCCCUCCUCCGGAGAAAAGAGGGAGGAAGGCCACAUCGGGCAAGAAGGGAGGCAAGAAAUCCAAGGCUGCCAAACCGCGCACCUCCAAAAAGUCCAAGCCAAAGGACAGCGAUAAAGAAGGGACUUCCAAUUCUACCUCUGAAGAUGGACCAGGGGAUGGAUUCACUAUUCUCUCUUCUAAGAGCCUUGUCCUCGGGCAGAAGCUGUCCCUGACCCAGAGUGACAUCAGCCAUAUUGGCUCCAUGAGAGUGGAAGGCAUUGUGCACCCAACCACAGCGGAGAUUGACCUCAAGGAAGAUAUCGGGAAGGCCUUGGAAAAGGCCGGAGGAAAGGAGUUCUUGGACACAGUGAAGGAGCUUCGAAAAUCCCAAGGCCCCUUGGAAGUUGCUGAAGCUGCCAUCAGCCAGUCCAGUGGACUCGCAGCCAAAUUUGUCAUCCACUGUCACAUCCCUCAAUGGGGCUCAGACAAGUGUGAAGAGCGGCUCGAAGAGACCAUCAAGAACUGCCUGUCGGCCGCCGAGGACAAAAAGCUCAAGUCUGUGGCAUUCCCCCCUUUCCCCAGUGGCAGAAACUGCUUCCCCAAACAGAUGGCUGCCCAGGUGACCCUGAGGGCCAUCGCAGCCCACUUCGACGACUCAAGCGCAUCUUCGCUGAAGAAUGUCUACUUCCUGCUCUUCGACAGUGAGAGCAUCGGCAUCUACGUCCAAGAGAUGGCCAAGCUGGACACCAAGUAGCCACGACUGGCCACAGAGCAACGGGUUUGGGUUGUGUACAAGGAGCCGACGUGGCGGUGGCAGGGGGCAGCUGGCAGUGCCCGCCCUGGCAUGGCCUUUGCCCACAAACCAGCUCCCCAGCCAGGGCUUCUUUCUCUGUGUUUCUUAUUUUAGAAUUGUUUGUUUUUUUAAGAAAAGACUUCCUUUUAGAUUUAUAGCCUUGACUUUUCCACACACAUACACUCACUCACACACAUCAAGCCUUUAAAACUCUUUCUGCCAGGGCAGAGCGCAAAAACAAGCAGCUUGGUGUGAGCUGUCUACUCAGUGUUGGGGAGACCAAAAUCAGGAGGCAUCUCGGUGCAUUUCUUUCCUGUUUGUGUGCCCUCCUCUCCUCCCCAGGAAGAUCGGGAAUUCCUCCAGCAAAGGUUUUUGUUUUGGGCUCUUUUGUUGUCCUUGUUGGUUUGUUUGGGGUUUUGUUUUUUAAAGAAAUUGAAAAAAAAAAUAAAAGAUCCUGUGUCUUUCUUA